AUGUCAAAGUCAUGGCAGGCAAUCAUUGGCUUUUGGCUAGGAAAGUUCCCGGAGAAUAAUGACAACUCGAAACGGGCUAGAUAUCGUGACGACGACGAUCACGAGGGAAGAUGUCCACCACUUGGAUGGAUGGGCGGAACUGGCCGUGUGUUGACUCCCAGCUCGAGUCGAGACAAUAACCAGCCAAUCAUGAAAGAUGGAUGCUCCGACAACUUUGAGCGGUCUAUAAACCUCGAGAUAACGGGGAACGCAACCAAACGAGGGUCGACUAACCGGCACUGGCCGUUUAGAGAGUGGGCGCAGGGGAAAGGGCCACCAUGA